ACAGCCGGGGUUCUUCGUCGUGAUGUCGUCCACCAACUUGUCAAUCUCACAAAUUCGUACACCUCGCAAUCUUCCAACUCCAGCGUCGGUCUCGUACUCGCGUCGAUUCAUACCGAUGACCUGACAUGGCUACUUGACUAUUGUACCGAAAGGCAAGCCGGCGGCUUACGCUGUUUUAGUGGCAGUAUUCCCUUCGUUUACACCACCGACCGAUCUCCCGAGCCCGGUCUUCUAGUUCCUCCUACCCGCCGUGGCCGAGAGGCACCCGCCUACCUCUCCUACAUCGUUGACUUUUACCACCAUCUCCCGGACUACUCUAUAUUCGUCCACGCAUUCCCCGAACAGUGGCAUAAUGACCUUUUCGGACCAUAUACCCAGGAUACGCUGAGGAACAUCCGGCUCGAAUCUAUUGAUGCCUAUGGAUAUGUCAACCUCCGGUGCCAGCACAAUCCAGGCUGCCCGAGUAGUGUGCACCCCCUCAGUCCAACCCAGGCCGAUAUUGAUAAUCACGAUAUCCGUGCGUACUUUUCAGAGGUGUACCAGCAAAUCUUUGAUACCACACCGGAUAAGGUACCGGGCGCCAUAGGCAAUGUGUGCUGUGGACAAUUCGCCGUGAGCCGAGAGAGGAUUCUUGCUCGGCCCAAGGAAGACUACCAACGAAUUUUGAACUGGGCAGCAACCACUAAACUAACCAAUGACUUUGGCGUUGGCUGGGUCCUAGAGAAGCUGUGGCACAUUCUUUUUGGGAUGGAUGCAGUUUAUUGCCCUCGCUUUGAGCAAUGCCGCUGUGACGUAUAUGGAUGGUGCGGGCCUCUGCCAUCAGGGGAAUCGCUGCAAGCGGUAAUCAAGAAUGAGCACCAAAAUGGCUCUCCAGCUUAA